AUGACGAUAAAUUAUAACUUGGCUGUAUCCACGUCGAAACCGUGGACACUUUUUAAACUUUUAUUGAAAUGGCGGGGAAGUAUUUGGAAAUCUGUGAUAUUAGAAUUGGCUGUUUGGUUGAUGUUAUAUGGGAUUAUAUCGGUGAUUUAUCGAACAGCGCUGAAUCCAACACAGCAGAGGUUUGUAUUGGGGGGAACCUUUGUACUAUGGACCCUUGAAAAAUGUUUUUUCACACGAAAAAAAACGUGGAAUACAGAAAUCGCUGCGAAACCUCACCUUUUCUUCGAUUUUCAGCCCAUAAUUUUCUUGAGAGCGCAUUUCCGAAACAAAUAAAUAGUUUUCUUGAUUCAUCUCAACGAGACAAAUCAGAUGGUAUAUUCAGAUUUUACUGAAAACGCCUCUUACAUGCUGAAAAGCGCUGAAAACCUGCUGAAAUCACUAUCUGGUGUGUAAACACUGCGACGCACAAAUGCACAAACUUUGCAUACCGUAGUAAAACGUUCACUUUUUUUUAUUUUCAAGAGCUUUGCGAAAAAUCGUCUGAUUUUACUAUUUCGAGGUUGCUCUCACUAUUGAAAUGAAUUCUAGAGGGUCUAUCCAUUUUUAAAAAAUGAAUUUACACAAUCUUCUUUCUCCAAAACUAUUUUUUCCAGGGUUUUUGAACGAGUUGUACAAUAUUGUGAUGAUCGACUGAAAUAUAUUCCACUCAAUUUUAUGUUGGGAUUUUUUGUAACAGCAGUUGUUAAUCGAUGGACUUAUUUAUAUCAGAUCAUUGGUUUCAUUGAUAAGUGAGUACUUUUUUUGUAAAAAAAAUGAGAAAUUCAAUGAUCGUGAAAAAAUGAUUGACAAAAUUGAUGAUCUAAUUAAUUAGACCAAUCACGAGAAAUUGGAAAUUUUAAAGAACACCGAAAAAAAUUAAAAUGAAAAAAACAACAAAAAAUGAAAUGAAUUUUCAGCAUUGGAUUAAUGACAGCUGAAUAUGUUCGAGGACGAACUGAACAAGCAAGAAUGUAUCGAAGAAAUAUAGUGAGAUAUUGCGAGUUAGCUCAAGUUCUUGUAUUUCGAGAUAUCAGUAUGAGAACACGUCGAAGAUUUCCAACUCUGGACACAGUUGUCGCAUCUGGUUUUAUGAUGCCACACGAAAAAGAGAGAUAUGAUGAAAUACAAUAUAAAUAUUCGAAAUAUUGGGUUCCAUUUCAAUGGGCUUUGUCUUUAACAUAUGAUGCGAGAACAAAAGGAUUAAUUGAAAGUGAUUAUUAUCAAGUUGUGGUACAGGAUGAGAUCAAGAAAUUUCGAACUGGUCUCGCAUGGAUUUGUAAUUAUGAUUGGGUGCCGAUUCCAAUUAUGUAUCCACAAUUAGUCUGUUUGGCUGUUCAUACAUAUUUUUUGGUGUGUCUUUUGGCUCGACAAUAUGUUGUUUCCGAACAUGCGAAUAACAAAACCGAGGUAGGGAAAAUGGGAAUCGGACUAGCAGAUUUUGAAGAUUUUUAAUUCGAGUAAAAAAUAGUCCGUAUCAGAAUUUUUGAUUUAAAUCGGACCUUCUUUUUGAUAAUGCCAUUCUGGCCCGAUUCCAAAAAACCUUCAAAAUCGAGCAAAAUUUUGCAGAUUGACUUAUAUUUCCCAAUAAUGUCAACCCUCCAAUUCAUAUUUUAUAUGGGAUGGAUGAAAGUUGCUGAAGCCAUGUUAAAUCCCUUCGGAGAAGACGACGAUGAUUUCGAAUGUAAUGCACUUAUCGAUCGAAAUAUCACAAUGGUUUUAAUGAUGGUAGAUCAAGGAUAUGAUAGACCGCCCGCUUUGAAACGCGAUGAUUUCUGGGAUGAAGAAGUUGAACCAUUGUAUAGUGAACAAUCAGCAAAGAUACCAAAUAAUCCAUUGAAAGGAAGUGUGUCGGAUGUUAAAUUGCCCGAAUAUAUUCAUGAAAUUAAAAUGGUUCCACAUUGUGAUGAUACAAGUCCUUUAGUUCCGGGAGAUGAUUUGAGAAAACGAAGGAUUUCUGUUGUUCCUGUCAAGUUAGUCUAACUCUCCUUAAAUCAAAUCUUCAAUUAUUUUAAAUUGAUUUCAGACCAUCCGAUCAACAACAUCCAAGCAAUCAUGGAAGAAAUCGAACGAGUUUGGGAAAUAUUGAUAUGUUCCGAAGUUUUAAGCAUAAAAUCGAGAGAUCAUUCUCGAAACCACAUUUGAACGAGGAUUUGGGCAGGAAGACAUUUUCGCACGGAAUGUUGGAGAAUAUGGAUAUUGAGAGGAAUAAAAGUGCGACGAAAUUGAGCGGAGAAAUGAGUCCGGCCAAUAAUAAUUCAUUUAGUAAUUCGGCAUUUGUGAAUUCGGGUGAGAAUUGGGGGAUACUGUAGAUUUUUUUUUGGAAAAAUUCCGGAAAUGAACUAAAAUUCUGUCAAAAAUAUCGGUUGUUUUGAAAAAUUUCGAAAAUCUGUUGCCAAAAGGAGUAGUGCCUUGAGAAAUCGCAUAGCUUGUCAAGGAGUAGCGCCUUGAGAUAUACGCUGUCAAGGAGUAGCGCCUUGAGAUAUACGCUGUCAAGGAGUAGCGCCUUGAGAUAUAUUUUGUCAAGGAGUAGCGCCUUGUGAGCUUUUCUGUCAAGGAGUAGCGCCUUGAGAGUUUUUAUGUCAAGAGGCACCGCCUUUACAACUAUUGAGAUGAAGCUCAAACUAUGCAUUUUUCCACCCAACAUUUUCCCAAAUUUGCAGGCGAAGAUCUAUCCGGUCGAACACUCGACACAUCUUCAUCUCAUCCACAAUUAUCAACAUUAAAACGAGGAAGUGAUCAUCGAUUCCAACAUCAUGUUUUAGACGAUGUUCUAGAAGACGACGAAUCUGAUGAAAAUCAGAUGACACUUCGAAAAAAAGAGUGUAAUUCAUCCAGCAAUUACGUUAUUUGAACGAUUCAAUGAGGAACCGAUUGUUGAAAAGAAUGAAGAGAAAGAGAAAGAAAAGGAGAAGGAAAAAGAGAAAACGGAGGAGGAAAAUAAAAAUGAAGAGAUAAAGAAGGAUGAUGAAAAAGAGGAGGAACAAAAACAAGACGAAGAGUGAGUUGAAAUUCAGAGAAAUUUGGGAAAUUUUUUUUAUUUCAAAAAAAUCCCUCAAAUACGUUUCAAAAAAUUGUGAAAUCACAAAAAUAUUUUGAGCAUUAAUAGUUUUUUAAAAGACAUUAUUUGUAAAAACAAAAACAAGACGAAGAGUGAGUUGAAUCCCAGGUGUAAUUUUGAAUCGGAAAACAUUCCUAGCGCGUUUUUUAUUUCGAAAAAUUCCCCCUAAAAAUUUAGGUUUCAAAAAAUUGUGAAAUUACAAAUAUUUUCUGGAAAAAAUGUUAUAGGGCCCAAUCUUUUUAUUAAUAAAAAUUUUCGAUUUUACUAGAAAAAUCAAAUUUUUAAAAAUGUAUUUUUGACGUAUGGCCAGGUUACUGAAUCUCUAAAUUGGACCCCCGAUUCAUCAAUCUUCUUCAAAAACCAUCGAAUUUUCCAGAGCUCGUCGUUCACCAGAACGCGGUGCAUUCUUCAUCGGAGUCGUUCGAUCCGAAUCCGAAGAUCAGCCACAUCCACACUUCCGUCCACCACUGAACAGAUUCCGUCGCUCUCCAGCUCAACAACAACCUCCACCAGAAUAA